CUGCUAACUUUGACACACAUCAUGAAAUCCUUCGUUGCAAUCCUAGCCCUCGUGGCCGUCGCCGCUGCUGAUGUUUCCCACCUCAACAGAGAGGAAGCUCAUGCAGAGAUUGUAGAACAAAAUGCUGAUGUCUUCCCUGACCAAUAUAGCUACAAUUACAAAACCAGCAAUGGAAUUAGUGGCCAAGAGAGCGGUGUCAUCAAGAACCCCGGAAGCGAAGCCGAGGCUCUUGAAGUCCAGGGCUCAAACUCCUAUACUGGUCCUGAUGGACAAGUCUACGCUGUGAGAUACGUCUCCAACGAGAACGGAUACCAACCCGAGGGAAGCCAUUUGCCCGUCGACCACCCGAUCCCAGAGUACAUCCUUAGGUCAAUUGCAUACAACGCAGCGCAUGCAAAGGCUGAAGUCACCAGGAACUAAUUUUAAUACAUAGAAGAUUUAAUUCUUAACCGCCAUAUUUGUUACCUCUAGUCGCCUAUUAGUGAUGGAGCAAUAAAGUUCUUAUC